AUGUCGAACUCAUUUCCACGUUUACAACUCAAGUUCUCAAGCAUCGACGACGUGCCUACCUUCCCCGACGACCAAGCAGACCGCUCUGAAGUGUUGACAUUUCGACGGGAAAGGCACAUGAUCGAGGCGAGGCCCAAGACCAUGUAUCGACCUCCACCACCCUUCAUUCCCACCAACGAGACAGACGACGAACGAAGGGACAUUUGGAUGGAGGAGGACGAAACCGAAGUGGUUGCCAAUUCGGAGGGCCUCGACGCGCCGUUGGAGGCAGAAGAAGCGCCAGCCGAACCGCAAGAACAAAGGCAGGAUUUACCCGUGUCCAACUCUGCACCUCGUGGCAUUCUGCGAAGCAAUGCUCGAAACCGAGUUUCCAGUGCGACGCCGAGAGCAGUCAGAUUCGCUGACGACACGCAGCUCGAUACAAAGUGUACGGACGCUCCCUGUACUCCGAGGCAUCCUUCGACGUUUGCGGAUCCAGAAGAUGUCGCGAUGGUCGCGGUCAAGCAGGAGGACGAGUUCGCUUCGCGGGCAGGUCCAAGCAGCAGCAACAGCAGCACACCUGUCUCAAACUUGUUUCUAGGCAUGGUCAAGGUCGAAAGAAGCGACUUCGUCCCGGCUGAAAGGCCAAUAAGCGAGACCUUGCGCUCUUCGCAUAUUCCAUCACGACAGUCACAGACUGUCAGCCGGGAGAGGGCGCUUGUGAUCAGCAUUCCUCUGAUUGUCGUCACUGCCGCACCAAACUACGAACCGGCCACCACAAGCCAAACCGGGGCUGUGGGCCCUGCCGGUCUGCCCGUCACUCUCCAAGAACUUCUUUGCAUAACACGCAGAUACGCGGACAAGUGUCUGACCUUAGUCCACACCCCAUCCCGCAAGCUGUUUCUUCAUCUUCGCGGUAUAGCCCACUUCCUAUUGCAAUCGUCGAGCUCCGAAGUUUUCGGGCUGCCCAUGCAUGAGGGUGAUAAAGAAACGCUCAGACAGCUCCGUAACACUCUCAAGGAUGUGCUCGAGCUCACGUCCAUCGUCAAAUUGGAGCCGUCCAAGGUGACAGAAAAGAAGUGGGAUAAGGCGAGGGCCAAGUGUGUACGACGAAUGCAAUCGAUCGUUCAGAUAGUAGAACGGAAGUCGCCCGAUCCGAAUCCGCUGAUGAGGAUAGAUGGUGGUGUAUCUGAAUCGGAGCCUGCAGUGAAGCGGGAAGAGAAGGAGGAAGCUGUCUAA